GGGUGGGAUGCAAGACAGCAUGCGAGAGCUAGCAAAAGAGAAGGGUUGGCUCACUCACCAUGCAGUCAGGCAGCGCGAGCAUCGGAACCGUUUGACAGCAUUUGAUGACAAAACCCGUUCUGAACUUCUAUCUAUCGGCACCUCAACGUUCUAUUGCGACCAAUCGUGGAUUGAUGGGAGAAACUCGCUGCAUAUUUGAGGGAGGCAUGUGCACAUUUCAAGACACAUGCAAAUCUAUUUCAGGAUCAGGACGAAUCCAGUGACCACAACGCCUUUGAAAGAGGAAAUGUCAAAGCAGUAAUAGAGUAUGCUGCUUCGCAAAUACGGAAUAAUGCACUGUUCAGGGUGGACGAGCUGAUGUUGUCCUCGUGACUGAGAUUUUGACGACUUUCCACGUUGCAGUGCACGCAUAGAUGUUUUUCUACAGUAAAUACUCGCUCCUAUUUAAGACUAUGGUUCGUGUCUGACGUUAUUUAUUUCUAGUGUACACGACAGAAUACGUUCUAUGUAUCUUCAACAGCAGCGCUUCUGUAAAGGUGCAGGCGUGCGGCGUUGCAUAUGAUCUAAAGAGAAAGCAUUGUUUUGUCCAGCGUCCUUACCAACCUUGAACUUCCUCAAUACAGCAUCUGCAUACCACAGUCUGGGAGACUCGAGGCUUGGGUGUCAACAGUAGCCCCCCACAUCAGCGCUAGAGAAGCGUUCCUCCGGCAUCUCAGUGGUGCUGAAAGGACAGCUCCUUGUUUCAGGUCUCCCAAAGUUGACUUCCACUGAAAGCAUCUGCUUUUCACUGCAAUACAGCCGACAGCCGAAGUAGCUUAAAGUACUCCAAAUGCAUUAUUAUUUGGCUUAACGGCUUCUGCCCAACUGUUCUAUUAGGGUUCAUGGCUGUGGCACGCAAAAUAAAAACUUUGCUCACGGUUAACAUUUUUGUUUUUGUGGGGAUCAUAUUGUUCUCGGUAUAUUGUAGAAUACAGGACCGUUCUGAGGAACUCAUUCAGAUCGGCAGGAUAUCAGACCAGAGACUGAGGGCCAGGAAUGGCAAAGUUUCCAACUUGGUGGACAGGCAGUCCAUACUUCAGAGACUGGAGCGGCUGGAGGACGUUGUCUACAACCAAUUAAAUGGUCUGGCUAAGCCCAUGGGGCUGGUGGAGGGGCCUGGAGGUCUAGGCCAGGGAGGAGCAGCUGCUACUCUGGGGGACGACAGCCAUGUUGACGGGGAGGGGAAGUACGAGGACUAUGGCUACAAUGCCCAGCUCAGUGACCGCAUCUCCCUGGACCGCAGCAUCCCCGACUACAGACCCAAAAAGUGCAAGCAGUUGACCUACCCAGAGGACCUCCCUCAGAUCUCAGUGGUGUUCAUCUUUGUCAACGAGGCCUUGUCGGUCAUCUUGCGGUCCGUCCACAGCGUGGUCAACCACACCCCUGCACACCUUCUCAAGGAGAUCAUCCUGGUGGACGACAACAGCGACAGUGUGGAGCUGAAGUUCAAUCUGGACCAGUAUGUGAACAAGCGUUACCCAGGUCUGGUGAAGAUCGUCCGCAACAGUAAGAGGGAAGGCCUGAUCCGAGCCAGGAUACACGGUUGGAAUGCUGCAACUGCCCCGGUUGUAGGUUUCUUUGAUGCCCAUGUAGAGUUCAACACUGCCUGGGCGGAGCCUAUCCUGACCAGGGUGAAGGAGGACCACACCCGGAUCAUCCUCCCGGCCAUCGACAACAUCAAGUUCAACACAUUCGAGGUGCAGCAGUACGCCAAUGCGGCCCACGGCUACAACUGGGGCCUGUGGUGCAUGUACAUCAUCCCCCCUCAGGAGUGGCUGGACAAGGGCGAUGAGACAGCUCCCAUCAGGACGCCAGCUAUGAUCGGCUGCUCCUUUGUGGUGGACAGAGAAUACUUUAGUGAGAUUGGCCUCCUUGAUCCUGGCAUGGAAGUCUAUGGAGGCGAAAACAUUGAGCUUGGCAUGCGGGUGUGGCAGUGUGGGGGGAGCAUGGAGGUGCUUCCCUGCGCCAGAGUGGCGCACAUCGAGCGGACCAAGAAGCCAUACAACAACGACAUUGACUACUACGCCAAGAGGAACGCCCUGCGGGCUGCCGAGGUCUGGAUGGAUGAGUACAGGUCCCACGUCUACAUGGCCUGGAACAUCCCCAUGAAUAACCCUGGGGUUGACUAUGGGGACGUGUCUGAGCGGGUGGCCUUGAGGAAGAGGCUGCAGUGUCGGAGCUUCCGCUGGUACCUGGAGAAUGUCUACCCAGAGAUGCGCAUCUACAACAACACCAUCACAUAUGGGGAGGUCAGAAACAGUAAGGCCAGUGGCUACUGUCUGGACCAGGGAUCAGAGGACGAUGACAAAGCCAUCCUCUAUCCCUGCCACGGGAUGUCCUCACAGCUUGCCCGUUACUCAACAGAGGGGCUUCUACAACUAGGACCCCUAGGGUCGACCACCUUUCUGCCUGACACCAAAUGUCUCAUCGACGACGGAAGAGGGCGCACGCCCAGCUUGAAAAAAUGUGACUCUGUUUCGCGGGUUUCCCAGAGGCUGUGGGAUUUUACACAGAAUGGUCCAAUCAUCAGCAGGGACACUGGACGGUGCAUGGAGGUGGAGAUGUCCAAAGAUGCCAACUUCGGCCUUCGAUUGGUGGUGCAGAGGUGUUCUGGUCAAAAGUGGAUGAUACGGAACUGGAUAAAGCAUCCGAAGCAUUGAGGCAAGACAUUUCCUCUGAGAAAAGAAUACCAUUUCAGUCUUGGAGGGCAAACCCAUGGACAGACAGUCUGAGAGCAUUCCAUAUGAGAUAGCUAUAGGCCCUGGGACUGAUGAGAUGAGUAGUUCACAGUUUGUGGACUCUUCUAUGGACUGUGUGCACUGUGCCCUCCCCUUAGGGCAUAGAGCUUUCAACUGCUGAAUCUUUAGAAGAAGAUAUGUUUUCAGCUGAGCUGGGGGUCAAACAUGGAGAGCAUACCAUAGGCCUACAGCGAGCUAUACAGUACUGUUUGAAAUGCUUUUUUACAGAACAUCCACCUAUGUAGAAAAUGAAUAAGACAAUGGAAUGCAACUCCUAAGGGAGUUCAACACUGACAAUGACAAGCAAUGUGUAUUUGGUAUAAAGCCAAUCCCAGGAAUCUUUGCAGAUCAAAAUAUGAAAUUGCUUAUUAGUCACCAUAUCAACUUGUAAUUACUUCAGGCUAUCAUUUGGAGAAUUUCUUUGGACAUUUCGCUAUCCUGUUAAGAGAUUUAAUAUGCUUCAAAAAGCUGUUCAUCCUCCCGAUGAACUGAUCAGGAUGCAAAGCAACUACUGUUCUCACAAAUACAAAAGGAUAUUUAUUUCUCUUUUUCUUUUUGACUGUAUUGCUCGCCACUGAUUAUCAGAGCAAUAACGUGCCUUUUCCCAUCCUUAUGAGUCAUCUGACCAGGGAAUGUCAAUUCCACAAGCAUGUACAAAUUAGUUUAAAGUAAUUAAUAUAUAAACCAACGUAAAAAUGGCUAAAUAAUAGUAAUGUUGUAAAAUUGAUAUUAGUCCUCCAAAACAGUUAAGAUAAUAAAAAUGUUUAUGAUGACCCAGGAGUACAUUUUGUAAAACUGGAUUCAUUCAAGAAUUCUAGAUUGUUCACAGAGCAAGGUAGUGUAUAUAAUGGAAGAUGUUCCUUACUCACAAUGCUGUUCACUGCAUGUUACAUGGAAGCCCGGGCCUAUUUUUACAGAUGUAAAGACAGAUGCUGGUGGUUGUUUUACACUGACAGCGAGCACAAUUAUCUGCCUUUGUUGUGUUUCCACUUAGUCUCCUACUGGAUACUGGCCUCAACUCUCUAAUCGUUAAAACCCACCCACAGGAUAGCAUGUCUUCACAAAGUACUGAAAGCUUUCCAAUUUAUUAGGUUCAGCAAGAAACUCUUUCCUCACUGUAUUUUCUGAUGCCCAGCCAACUUUGAAGAUGAAUAAUUAUUCUCUAAACCUUUUUGGUACCAUAUUUUGUGCCUCAUUCAUUCUAAUGAAUGGUCAAAAUAUAGAAGUGCAAAUGACAUUUUCUUGACAAGUGAAUUAUAUUUUUUAAAUCUGUUGUCACAUUUGCUAGAAUAAAUGUCGGACCAAGGCGCAGCGGAUGUUGAGUUCCACAUCAUUUUAAUGAUAAAUUGAAACUUAAGACAAAAUCAAAUAAACAAACCGUGUCUACAGAGGUGCUACGUGCACUAACUCAAAACAAUAUCCCAUAAACAAAAGUGGGAAAAACAGCUACUUAACCCAUUUAAUCCUGAAUUUUUCCCAGACAUGAAAAUAUCCAAAUCAAGUGUCAUUAGUAACCCUUUGAAGUAAUCAAUCAUUAUUUUUGGAAAAUGUAAUG